UGGUACACCUCUGCGAGCACUUCCGCCUGGAGUUCCCAAGGCGGGUCGCCCGCGAGUAGGCAUGUUGUCCGCUGCUAAAGUGCGUAUUCAUGGAAUGCAAGAUGAGAAUUGGGUUAUCAAGGAUAAAAUUAAUCAAUACCGAGGACUCAUCAAACUAUACGAAAGAGAUCGUAAGAUUCAUGAAGGCGAUCUGGCUAAGCAGAAAAAACGCUAUUGCCGCGAUAUUCGGCAAUUACGAAAGGAUAUUACGAGCAAACGUGAAGAAUUGCAAGUAGCAGUGUAUGGAGACAAGCAGUUUCUACGAAAUGCUUUCCAAGAGCAUCGACGGUUACAGCUCACGUAUAUGAAUAGCCAAGCCGAUACAGUAUUAGAGAGUAUUCAUCAAGAAAAUUUUAAUAAACGUAAACAGCUCGAUAGAAUCAGAUACACGAAAAAGAGGAAAAUGGAACAAUUUCGCCAAAUACAACUCCAGUCGGCUGAGUUGAGGGAUCGUCUCCUUUACGAAGUCGGCGGAAAACUCCCUGCCGAAAAAAAGGAACAGGCGGUCGCUAAUUAUGUCCAAAGAGCCAAUAUUAAAAAGAACGCAGCUUUAGCCAUAAAGGUCAUGUAUAAGAAAAUAUUGGAUAUCCUUAAGAAGGAUUCUUCAUACUUCACCGUAGUUUUGGAAGCGCUUAAAUUGGACUGUCGCGCGCAAGGCAAGUGCUUAAUGGGGGCUACUGAGAUGGGACAGCUAGCUAUGGAAUACUUGGAUGAUAGAAAAUUUGAGUUUAGUAAAUUGGAAAAGGAAAUAAAAGCAAAUAUGAAGGAAAGAGAAAGAACUCUGAAGCUAGUAAGAAGAGAAGUAGCCUUCUUAACUGACUCGUUUCCCAAUUUAAUAAGAAAGGAGGAAGCAACAAAUCUAGAUGAUUUGUAUGAAGAUGAUGACGCAAUCAGUCAACAUUCUGUCCACUGGGAGCUUGAAGAGGUAAUGGGAAUCUGCAAACGAUUGCAGAAAGCGACGUUGGUUCCAUCCUUUGAAAAAAUUCUUUUGAGAUUGAAAGAACAACGCUACCAAACGGAGCGUCUCAUGACGCAGCUGACUCUUAAUAGUAUGAAGAGAGAUGCGCUUAUGGAAGACCGCAAGCAUGCGGACACUUCUCGACUGUCCGGGAAGCGUAUGCUCCCGGCCACUCUACCCGCCAGAUGCUGA